AUGGGUUCCACAAGCAUUAUUGCCCUCAUCCUUGCAAGUGUGUGCCUGGGUGCAGUUUUGGCAGUGAAUCCCAAAAAUCCAACUGCCAAUGUCAAAGGUUGUGAAUUGGUUCAGUGUCCUGCCCAGAAUCCGGAGUUUGCACUUCAUCUGCCAAAUCCAUUGGAGUGCACAAGUUUCUGCCAUUGUGAUUGGGGAGUUGCAUAUUACAAAGAAUGUCCUGCAAACCUUCAUUUCAAUGCUGAGCUGCAGGUGUGUGACUGGCCCGAAAAUGCCAAUUGCCAUGGGAAACCCACCACUACCACCACAAAGAAGCCAACAACUACCACCACCACUACUACUACCACAAAGAAGCCAACAACUACCACUACAACUACUACUACCACAAAGAAGCCAACAACUACCACCACAACUACUACUACCACAAAGAAGCCUACAACUACAACUACCACCACCACACCAAAACCAACCACCACCAAGCCACCAGUGGGAUGUGAAAAGGUGACUUCUUGUCCAGCACAGAACUCUGGCCUUGCCAUCCAUCUGCCAAAUCCUGAUGAUUGUGGAAGCUUCUGCAAGUGUGACUGGGGAAAGCCAAUUCAUUUUGACUGUCCAAGAGGUCUGCAUUUCAAUGCUGACCUUCAGGUUUGUGAUUGGCCAGCAAGAGCAGGAUGUGAUCCAACCAUCACAGACCCACCAACAACCACCACUACUACAACAAAGAAGCCAACUACUACUACCACAACUACUACCACUACCACUACACCAAAACCAACUACAACAAAGCCACCAGUUGGAUGUGAAAAGGUUACAUCCUGUCCAGCACAAAACUCUGGACAUGCCAUCCAUCUUCCCAAUCCUGAUGAUUGUGGAAGCUUCUGCAAAUGUGACUGGGGAAAACCAAUUCACUUUGAUUGUCCAAGAGGUCUGCACUUCAAUGCUGACCUUCAGGUUUGUGAUUGGCCAGCAAGAGCAGGAUGUGAUCCAACUAUCACAGAUCCACCUACAACCACUACAACAACCACCACUACCACCACACCAAAACCAACCACCACCAAGCCACCAGUGGGAUGUGAAAAGGUGACUUCUUGUCCAGCACAGAACUCUGGCCAUGCCAUCCAUCUGCCAAAUCCUGAUGAUUGUGGAAGCUUCUGCAAGUGUGACUGGGGAAAGCCAAUUCAUUUUGACUGUCCAAGAGGUCUGCAUUUCAAUGCUGACCUUCAGGUGUGUGAUUGGCCAGCAAGAGCAGGAUGUGAUCCAACCAUCACAGAUCCACCAACAACCACCACAACAACUACCACUACCACUACUCCAAAACCGACCACCACCAAGCCACCAGUGGGAUGUGAAAAGGUGACUUCUUGUCCAGCACAGAACUCUGGCCAUGCCAUCCAUCUGCCAAAUCCUGAUGAUUGUGGAAGCUUCUGCAAAUGUGACUGGGGAAAACCAAUUCACUUUGAUUGUCCAAGAGGUCUGCACUUCAAUGCUGACCUUCAGGAGACUGAGGAGCCUGUUGUGACUGUGAACCCCAAGGAGGGCUGCACUCUGGUUUCUUGCCCAGCACAAAACCCAGAGUUUGCACUGCAUCUUCCAAAUCCAUAUGACUGCACCAGUUUCUGCCACUGUGACUGGGGAACAGCCUACUUCAAGGAGUGCCCAGCUGGUUUGCACUUCAAUGCUGAGCUCCAAGUCUGUGACUGGCCAAAGAAUGCUGGUUGUGGCAGCAUCACCAAGCAUUGAUAACAUCCAUCUUUUCACUUUCACAUACAUUGAAUUAUUGCAUUUGUGAUUUCAUCUGAAUGGGACCUAGCUGAAGGCCAUGAAAUACAUUGCAUUCACAGAAA